UUCAAAUAUUUAUUGUCUUGUUGAAAAAGACGUUGCAUUUGCCACUGAAUUUUAUUAAUAUUCUAGUUGAUUCAAACCAAACUCAGGAGGCUAAAUUUCUUGAAGACUAUGGAAAAUUUCUACGAUACUGUGUUGGACAUUGAAAAAUGGGAGACUAGCUUAGGAGGAACAUUAAAGGUUGUAUAGAAGCCCAUUCCAGAAUGAACAGAGAUUGAAAGUAGCAUUCGUAAAAAGCAAUACAGAUCAAUAGAGAUAGAUAAAACAUAUUGUAUGAUUGAUGGACAAUCAGAGGAAUUAUAAUAAUUGAGAUAAAAAGUAGGAACAAAAAAUCUGUGCUAAUUGCAAAUCGUUCAGUGCGAAUAUUUUCAGAAAUGGAAAACAAAUUCCUAGAGUGUAAGAAAUUUGUGAAGAUUAUUAAUUACAUUUUGUGUCUGCAUGGAAGUACCGGACCACUUGCAAGAUUAUUUUUACGAUAUACGAAUUACGUGUUCAACGAAAAAGUCGCGACUCCAUGGUGGAAAAAACUUCGAUCUGGAAUGUGACAAUUUCUAUGAUAAAAUUUCUUACUUCGCAAAGUCUCUCCACCAUAUGAAUAUGAACGAAGAAAAUUCGUUGUAGAGAACAAAGUAGGGAAAUCCAAGAUUGUUUGACUUUGUUCCCGGUUUUAUUGACUCAUUCAUGAAAUUCUACAAAAAAUUGCAGUUAACCGUGGAUGAAUAGAACCAUGACAACGCACUCCAUAAACAAACCUGCAAUGAUACGAAUGAACGAAUGUUCAUUCUGCAUUACAUACUGAAUACGAUGCGAUGGUGUUUUCAGUGCUGGAUGCCGCUAUAUACACCGCCACUCCGGGCGGUGAUAUGUAGCUGCUUGGUCCACAAUUAAUCUCACGAUUUUCAGCUAUUUGGGUGAUUUUUCGCGAAAUUAACGGAUCGCCAUCGCAAAAAUAACCAAAUCCAUGGAUCCCCACAACUCGUACACAAACAGAGAAUACGUGUGCGAUAAACCGCGAGCGUGCGUGAGAGGGAGAGUGGGAGCACGGCUCAUCACGAUAAUUGCACGGGAGCGAGUGAACGCGCUACAGUCGAGACACAUCCAGAAGAAGAGUGCAUUUGGUGCGCGUUUCGUAUAUUCCAGAACACUUCGCAACGCUCGUUUGAUAUUUAAGAAGGUGCCGUCUGCCUGCGGCAAUGUUAUUUUUGCUAUCGCAGUUGGCCGUGACACUGGACUGUGAACGAAGCUUCGCGGUUUAAGUUUUGUGAAAAUUUUAAGCUUGAAACCAUACGCCACUUCACACCAACAUGAGUGCAAUCGGAAUCGAUCUGGGAACGACCUAUUCUUGCGUGGGAGUGUUCCAGCAUGGCAAGGUCGAAAUCAUCGCCAACGAUCAGGGCAAUCGGGUGACCCCGAGCUAUGUGGCCUUCACCGAUACCGAGCGGCUGAUCGGGGAUGCCGCCAGGAACCAGGUUGCGAUGAAUCCGAAGAAUACGAUUUUCGAUGCGAAGCGAUUGAUCGGAAGAAAAUUUGAUGAUCCCAAAAUUCAGGACGAUUUGAAGCACUGGCCGUUUGUGGUGAAAAAUGACGGAGGAAAGCCGAAGAUUUGCGUGGAGUACAAGGGUGAGCGAAAAGUAUUUGCGCCGGAGGAGAUCAGCUCGAUGGUGCUGACAAAAAUGAAAGAAGUGGCCGUAGCCUACUUGGGUCGGUCAAUCGGAGACGCCGUCAUCACGGUACCGGCAUACUUCAACGAUUCUCAGCGACAGGCCACUAAGGAUGCAGGGGCCAUCGCUGGGCUGAAUGUAAUGAGAAUCAUCAAUGAGCCCACGGCUGCCGCACUCGCCUAUGGAUUGGACAAAAAUUUAAAGGGUGAGAAAAAGGUUUUAAUCUUCGAUCUGGGAGGCGGAACUUUCGAUGUGUCGAUACUAACCAUCGAUGAGGGUUCACUGUUCGAGGUCAAAGCUACCGCUGGGGAUACUCAUCUGGGUGGAGAGGAUUUCGAUAACCGCUUGGUGGGAUAUUUGGCGGAUGAGUUCUUGCGUAAGCACAAGAAAGACAUCAAGGGCAACCCGAAGGCGUUGAGACGUCUUCGAACGGCUGCAGAGAGGGCAAAACGCACGCUCAGUUCCAGCACUGAAGCGACAAUCGAAGUGGACGCGUUGGCAGAUGGUAUCGACUUCUAUACCAAAAUUUCACGAGCACGAUUUGAGGAACUGUGUGCGGACUUAUUUAAAUCUACCCUACAACCGGUAGAGAAAGCUCUUUCUGAUGCAAAAAUGGAUAAAAGUUCUAUUAAUGACAUCGUCUUGGUGGGUGGCUCUACAAGAAUCCCCAAAAUACAAUCAUUGCUCCAGAAUUUUUUCGCGGGAAAGUCAUUAAAUUUGUCCAUCAAUCCGGACGAAGCGGUUGCGUAUGGUGCAGCCGUGCAGGCGGCGAUCCUGAGCGGAAGUAAGGAUGCGAAGAUCCAGGAUGUCCUGCUGGUGGACGUGGCUCCACUUUCGUUGGGAAUCGAGACCGCCGGUGGGGUUAUGACUAACAUUAUAGAUCGGAACAGCCGCAUUCCGUGCAAGCAGAUGAAAACCUUCACCACUUAUGCCGACAAUCAGCCGGGUGUCACGAUUCAGGUAUACGAGGGUGAACGCGCCAUGACCCGAGACAACAAUCUCCUUGGGAGAUUCGAGCUGAUGGGAAUCCCGCCAGCGUCGAGAGGAAUUCCCCAGAUCGAUGUCUCGUUUGAUCUGGAUGCAAAUGGAAUUUUGAACGUGACUGCCGUGGAGAAGGGUUCUGGAAAAAGUCGUAACAUUACUAUCAAAAAUGAUAAGGGGCGCCUCUCACAACAGGAAAUUGACCGGAUGUUAUCGGAAGCAGAACGAUACAAGGAAGACGAUGAGCGCCAGCGAGAGAAGAUUUUUGCCAGGAACAAACUCGAAUCGUAUUGUUUCAGUGUGAAAUCUGCUAUCGACGAGCACGGAAGCCGGUUGAAUGAUUCAGACAAAAAGAAAGCACGCAAGAUGUGCGAAGAGACUCUCAAAUGGUUAGAUGGAAACACAUUAGCCGAAAAGGAUGAAUAUGAACACAAAUAUAAGCAAAUAUCAAAGGUUUGCACACCGAUCAUGACAAAAAUACAUCGUGGAGAUGACGCAACCAACAGCAAUGGUCCAACCAUCGAAGAAGUGGAAUAAACUACUCGCAAAAUAUGCUUUUACUCAGAAACGCACAAUCUGUGACUUAAAUGCCUUGAACUCACAAUAGAGCUUCAAAUAAAAAUAGUUGGCUUAUUCAUCAUAUACACUUUCA